AUGAUCGCGUUCGUCAUCAUCAUCGCUCUGUACCACACCGUUGAAACCGCCCUCGCCCAUGCGACCGGCCGUUACCACACCAUGACGCAACUUGACACGUCGCACCUGGACUCGACUGUGAGCAUGACAGUCCGGCCCAGCGUGAACGUCGUCGCACUCCUAGGUCGUCUACCAUUGAACCGUGAGCUCCACCUUCCAAAUGACACCCUUGUACUCGACUCGGGCGCCUCCCACCACAUGGUCAAGGACGCGUCUCUCUUCGACGCCUGGCACACACGGUCACACGUCGCCGUCGAUGGCGCUGGUGGGUCACUCAUGGCACAAGGCACCGGCUCGAUCACGAUACGAACGUCGAAACAACGAACGAUCAAGCUCUGCAACGUCUACUACGUCCCCGACCUUCCGGCCAACCUGAUCUCGGUCAUGCAGCUGCGCCGCGAGCGCGUUUACACCCACUUUGGCAAGACCAUCGAGCUCCGGUCACAAGGUCAACUCAUAGGUGUGGCAUCCCUCAUUGCGAAUCAACUGUCGACACUGGACGCCACCCCAAUCCGCAGCACGGUGUCACCGGUCGCAGCAGCCGCCAUCCCUCUCCUGACUCUGCACCAACGAUUCGGCCACCUAUCCCUCCCCAACCUGCGAAGGGCAGUAUCGUCGGGUCAACUCCAAGGACAAACAUGGACGUACUCGGCGGCCGAAUGCAAGGCCUUCUCCUGCGACACCUGCAAAGCCGCCAAAGCAACAAGGACACCUUUCCCAACGUCGGACUCUCGUGCUUUGCAACCACUCGAACUGGUCCACUCCGACGUCCUCACUCUGCCCGAACCCACCACCGAUGGGGAACGAUACGUUGUCACCUUCAUCGACGAUUUCUCCCGGAAGACGUGGGUCAGCGCGCUGAGGAACAAGAGUCAGGUCUUCGACACCUUCCAGCGUUGGCAUGCCAUGAUCGAGCGCUCGACGGGCCUCAAGCUUCGCACGUUACGAACGGACAACGGCGGUGAAUACACGUCCAAAGCCUUCAUUGAGUACUGCUCUCAUCACGGCAUCACCAGGCAACUCACGAUCCCUUACACCCCGGAGCAAAACGGCCGAGCCGAACGGACAAACCGCACAAUCGUCGAGGGGACGAUCUCCCUACUCCAGCACUCGGGUCUGCCCAUGAGACUCUGGCGCGAGGCCCUCUGGUACGUUGUCGACACCAAAAACCUCAGCCCGCACAGCGCCAUCGAUCACAAAAUCCCGGACACUAUCUGGUAUGGCAAACCUCCCAGCACGGCAAACCUGAGAGCAUUCGGCUGCCGCGCCUGGCACACCACCCCACGUCUGUCACUCCCGCCCGUCGUGCACGAAAAUCGAUUUGCCGCACUUGAGACCGACGCGAGCGACGACGCAACAAUCGAAAUGUCCGAUGAUGGUUUUGAUACCCCGUCCGACAUGUCCAUGGCUCAGUUCUCGCUGUCACCUCCUGCGUCGGACGUGACCGAUGACUCGGCCGACCCCAUCGACUUCCUGUCAUGCCCGUCUCGCGCCGCUGCCUUUGCCGCCACCACUGCAGAUUCACCGGUCGUCGAACUCGAAGGGCCAACCGAGGACCCCCAGAAUUGGUCGCAGGCGGUCAAGUCAGGUAAAGAGGAGAUCUGGAGGCAAGCAGCAGCCGACGAGUUUCACUCCCUUGCCACCGAGUACAAAUGCUUCACCCCUGUUGACUCCUCCUCACUGCCCCCUGGCGCCAAAGUCCUCGGAUCCAGGUUCAUCUUCCGCACCAAACGCGACCAACUUGGCAAGAUCACUUCGCACAAGGGCCGGCUCGUUGCACAGGGAUUCUCCCAGCGCCCAGGUAUCGAUUACGACGAGACUUUUGCCCCUGUUGCCAAGUUCACCUCCAUCCGAGCUCUCAUCGCCCUGGCCGCUGCCAAGAAACUCCACGUCCAUCAGGCCGACGUUGACAAGGCGUACCUCCACGGCGAGCUGAAGGAAGACCUCUACAUGCGCGUCCCACAAGGUGUUGACAUGCCCGGUAAAGUCCUCAAGCUCCACCGAUCGAUCUACGGCCUCAAGCAGGCCGGCCGUGACAGGCAACGUCGGAGGGGAUGA